AUGGCCUAUGGCCAUCAGACCCUCCUAUCAGGCUUAAUGCCUCGUCGAAACAUCCUCCUGCCGGCGCUCUGCAUCGUCCUGCUCAUCGCCGUAUGGACCUUCCGCCUCCCCAACCCCAGCCUCGGCUGGUUCAACGCCCCGUCGUCGGCGACCUCGCUCGGCCCCCCGUCCCCCGCCCAGCGCGGCAAUGAGAUCGACCUGUCCGACCCCGAAGCGCCCUUCAUCGGUUGGCCGCUGCAGCGCCUGUGUAGCGAGACCACCUGGGUUGACGGCCUCGUCUACAUCUGCGACAACAACUCCGGCGGCAUCGGUAAUAUCAGAAAUUAUAUCCAGCUCUGUCUGCGGUACGGCCUCGAGGCUGGCGCCACCGGCCUCGUUAUCCCCAAGAUCCGCAAGCGCAACGAAAACGACCUGUCCGACCUCUUCACCGAGUUCCUGCCCUUCUCGUACAUGUUCGACGAGAAGCGCUUCCGCGACGCCUUCAACGUCAACUGUCCCCAGAUCACCCUCUACGACGAGGUCGCCGACAUCCCAGGCGCCGGCGAGAAGCCCAACAUCGAGGAAAUCAACCCAAAGGACUAUGGCAAUCGCGAGGACUGCCACUGGCAGGAUCAGAACAGGCACACCGACCGCUUUGGCGAUACGUUCCGCAAAUGGCUCCACGACGGCAAGAACGGCGCUGCGCCCUCGGCCACCCAGCCUCGUCUGAUUCGCUUCAAGUGGGGGAUCCUGUUUGACUGGCAAGUCUACCGUGAUGGUCCCGAGUUCUUCGCCACCUUUGGUAGCAUCCUGAAGUUCAAUGACCAACUGAUACGCCUGGGCAAGGCAACACGAAAAAGCAUGCAGGCCUUUGCUCGGUCGGCCGGAGCAAAGAACGGUCGAUUCCUGGGCGUGCACCUGAGAACCGAAAGUGACGCCCUGGGUUUCUGGCCUGCCUACGACAUGCAGUCGGAGGCUUACCUGAAACAGGCCCGCAAGCGAGGCUUCGAGGCGGCCUAUCUGGCAACAGGAAAUGCAAGCGAGGCGCAGAAGUUCUCUGACGGGGCCAUCGAGAUGGCGCAGAUGAAGGUCGUCACCAAGGCGGAUCUCCUCAAGGGAAAGGAUCUCGAGGAGCUGGAGUCAUUGACAUGGGAUCAGCAGGGCCUGGUCGACUGCGUGGUACUACUGGGGAGCGACUUCUUUGUCGGCACCAUGCCAAGCAGCUUUUCGGUCUACACGGCCAUGAAACGACACUUGAGGACGGGAGGCCUGUAUACGAGACCGUACAAGGUGGGUACAGAAGGAGACGGCCUGUCGUACCUUGUUGGCAACUACGAGAAGUACUGGGCGGGCUGGCUCUUCAUGUGGGAUGGCAUGUGGCCCUAG